AUGGCGUCGCGUGUAAUUUUGUCCCUGGCGCUCUUCGUGGCUGCCGCAGCGGCGUCACCUGACCGCAUCGUGGGCGGCAAUCCCACCACGAUCCAGGACUACCCCUGGAUAGUGCAGUCGGAGACCUUGGGCAUCAUCACUGGCGUCUGGAGCCAGAGCUGCGGCGCCAACGUCCUCACCACCAGAUACGUGCUAACCGCUGCUCAUUGUUAUGAUGGACUGCUCUACUCUCCAAGGCUCCGCCGCAUCCGCGCCGGCAGCACCUACAGAAACACCGGUGGCGUCAUCAGCUACGUCGAGACGGCCAUCAACCACCCCACGUACCGCCAUUUAUUCGGGUACGAUGGCGACAUCAGUGUGGUGCGGGUGAUCGAGUCGCUAGUGUACACGCCUGUCGUCCAGGCGACCACCAUAGCGUCCCCUGAAACAGUGCUGCCUGCCAACGUGCCCGUUAUCCAUGCCGGCUGGGGCACCACUGCGCAACAAGGUUCUGCGUCCAGCGUUCUCCAAGACGUCACUAUAUACACCAUCAACACUGAACUAUGCGCCGAGCGGUACCUCACUCUGAAUCCACCUCAAGUAGUUACUGAGAACAUGAUCUGCGCUGGUCUCUUGGACGUGGGAGGUCGCGACGCCUGCCAGGGUGAUUCUGGCGGCCCGCUGUACUACAAGGACGCGACUGGAUUGAACAUCUUGGUGGGAAUCGUGUCGUGGGGCCAUGGCUGCGCCAAUGAGACGUACCCAGGUGUUAGCACCAACGUCGCAAAGUACACUAACUGGAUCGUCGAAACCGCUGUUUAAC